AGAAAGGAUGUGCCGGACAGUUAUGCACCUGCUGAUCCUGAUGACACUCAGCUGUCUGUCUUGCGCUGAAGAUGAGGCAAAGGUUACUGUUUCCUGUCCAGAAUACCAGAAGGCCUUUGGAGGCUCCUGCUAUGAGUUUGUGGGUCUCCAGCAUACUUUCUUCAGUGCCCAGGCUUGGUGUGAGCAGCGUGGUGGACACCUUGCAUUCAUCCCAGACGAAGAAACUCAAUAUUUCCUUCAAAGACACCUGGACCCGAAGAAGGAUGUGUGGCUGGGAGCAGCACCCUCUACCUCUUCAAACCUGCAAUAUUCUCCAACUGUUGAAGGUCCUCUUUCUUGGCUGGACGGUUCACAUAUCAUCUAUUCAAGCUGGGUGAGCAGACCACAGCCAGGAGCAGCUUGUGGACACAUUCUGAGAGACUCUGGGUUCCAAUGGGACGCCACAAGAGACUGCAACAAAAAACUGUCUUUUAUCUGUCAGUUUGAGUCUGGGAGAUCCAUUGUGUGUGCAGGUCGUAACACCACUCUGCAGUGUGGUUCUGGUCAAGUUUUAAUGAUAGAUGGCGGCUUCUACGGUCGUAAGAACAUUCAUUACUGUCGAUCCACGCUCUCCCCACCAAAAGCACCCACACCACAUCAAUGCGGGUGGGUGGAUGUUGUAGAAUCAUUCACAGCUCACUGCCACGGCCGUCAGGUCUGCCAGAUUGCUGAGAUUGUGGACUCCUUUGGUGAACCCUGUCCUCAACUGGGGAGCUACCUGUCUUUGGACUACCACUGCAAAGAUGGACUCACGCUGUCAGUGAGCACUGUGGCUGCUGUUUUUGAUGACGUCACUAUCAGCGUGAAGUGGCUCUUAAACUUGCCCCAGGGAAACCUAAUCUGCAAGCUAAGUACCGGAGAUGACCAUGUCACUUAUCUACACAGACCAGAGGGGUUGGAGAGCAUUGUGGUCCACAAAUAUACUCACCCAGGUACAUUUGUUGUGGCAGUUGAAUGCACAGGCAGCGGCAUACACGUUACAGCUCAGAAAAUAAUAGCCAUUCAAGAGCCCAUCAGAGAGUUUGGUGUCAUCACGUGCUAUUCUGGGAAACUGUAUUUUCAUGCAAACAACUGCAAAUCCCUUUAUGGAGAGCAAUUUCAAAUUCAAAUGGAAGUAAAAGCAGGUACAAAUGUGACCUACAGAAUCCAGAGUAAUGAAAUGCUGUUGUCGGGUUCAUCCGUUGUCAGGGGAAAUGUUCCCCAGAACAUCACAGUGACCUCAGAAAUGGUGAAACAGCUUGGACCUGGCUGCCACCGGCUGACCCUUUAUGCAUCCAAUAUGGUCACGUUCCCUGAAGUGUCUGCAGACCUGCAGAUGUGUGUGUUAGAGAAAGUAGCCGGGCUUCAGGCCUCUCUGUUGACAGAGAGGGAUGACGGUCUGGACUCUCCAUGUAUAACUGUUGGUGUUUCCCUCGAACGGGGAGGGCCUGUGCUGCUCCUCUUCUCUCUGACUGGAGACAACAGCUCAUUCUCUGAGUCCAGGAAAAUGAAUACAAGGAAGGACAUUUUUCGGAUUGGACACCAGAUUCAAGGAUCUGUUCAAGUGAAACUCAGAGCAUGGAAUGUCUUCUCCUCUUUGGAAGUGGAUGUGGAUAUGUUUGCUUCCUGUGGCACAGAUUUAGACAUUAAACCGAGGAAGAAACUCGUUAGAGUUGUCAGAUCUUCACUGGAGCUCGAGGCAAGACCUUCAUCUUCAGUAACUGACACAAGUCAAACAAUCACGCUUUUAUCUGAUGAAUCACCCGAUCUAAAGAAAAAACGAUACCAGUGGUCAUGCAGGAAUCCCUGUAAAUGUGCAGGAACUUUCGCGACACUGACCCAUACCAUUACAGGAAACUGCCUACCGGAUCCAUUUGAAUUUAAUAAGUAUCAUUUUGAAGUGAUAGACUUAAAAAAAAAUAAAGUGGAUAAAAAUGAAUCCAUAUGCAUAACCCGUACCCCUAAGACUGAAACAAAUCAGCUAAGUCUCAGUUGUACUGCAGGCUGUGACCCAGUAACGGACAACACAGAUGCACAAAUAAAAAUGGACUGUACAGCACCACUGUGUUCAACAGUUAUGUGGUACAUUGAGGCCCCAAAAGACAAAGAUGAGUGGCCAGAGGAGACAAAAAGCUGCUACAAAGACACAAAGACAAGGCCACUUGUAAAGCAAAAGGAUGGUGGAACUGAAUUAACUGUGAGUCAUAGCAGACUUGCCAAGUCUAAGCAAGAGGAUGUCACUGUGGUGGUAAUAUUUGAGCUGUCUGCCAUAACUUAUUACAAAACAUACAGCAUAAAGACAUCAUCAUCAGUGCCUACCACCAAAAACCCUACUGGUUCUACCACCGCUUCAUCUGGCACUACUACCACCGCUUCAUCUGGCACUACUACCACCGCUUCAUCUGGCACUACUACCACCGCUCCAUCUGGCACUACCACUACCACCGCUUCAUCUGGCACUACCACUACCACCGCUCCAUCUGGUACUACUACUACCACCGCUUCAUCUGGCACUACUACCACCGCUCCAUCUGGCACUACCACUACCACCGCUUCAUCUGGCACUACCACUACCACCGCUCCAUCUGGCACUACUACUGCCACCGCUUCAUCUGGCACUACUACUACCACCGCUCCAUCUGGCACUACUACUGCCACCGCUUCAUCUGGCACUACUACUACCACCGCUCCAUCUGGUACUACUACUACCACCGCUUCAUCUGGCACUACCACUACCACCGCUCCAUCUGGCACUACUACUACCACCGCUCCAUCUGGUACUACUACUACCACCGCUCCAUCUGGUACUACUACUACCACCGCUCCAUCUGGCACUACCACUACCACCGCUCCAUCUGGUACAACUACUACCACCGCUCCAUCUGGCACUACCACUACCACCGCUCCAUCUGGCACUACCACUACCACCGCUCCAUCUGGUACAACUACUACCACCGCUUCAUCUGGCACUACCACUACCACCGCUCCAUCUGACACUACUUCUGCCACCACUACCUCCAGGACCACUGCUAGCACCAGUGAAACAUCCUCACCAGCAACCACCAACAAUGAUGAUGGCCUUCAGUGUAACAUAUCCCCGCAGAGUGGAACAAUCCUUGAUAUUUUCAAAAUAACUUGCAACACUGAAGUUACUUGCUCUAACUGCCAGUAUUGUUUUAAAACUCAUGAAGGUAAUAAGCAUCUGCUUUGCAGUAAGAACAAUGAAGUGAAUGCUGUCUUCCUUCCUCUUGGAGACAGCAGUGCCAACAACAACCUCAUUAUCACAGCAACUGCAAAAAAAGGCAGCUUUGUAGCUAGCACUACUAUAACUGCACAGGUGCUGGAUUCAGACUCUUCAGUAGAUGGUCUUAAGGCGGCAGUGGACAAUGCUGUGGAUCAGCUAAAGAAACGGGAUCUGCUUUCAGGAGAAAUCCUGGGACAGAUCUUCAGUGCGGUGUCCAAUAAACUGAAUGGUCAAUCUGAUGAAUCGACAAAAGCUCAUAGGCAGAAGCUUCGUGAGCAGAUGCUGGAUGAAAUGAUUGAGACAGCAAAAGAAGGUCCCAUCAACACUCCAGAAGAAGUUCAGGGGAUAGCCAGAGGACUUACUGGUGUUUUCCACAAAGGCACUGAACUCAGCUCUUCUGCUCAGGAAGAGGCUUCAUUAUUGUUUGAAAACCUCAGCGCAUCUCUCAUCCACAUGGAAGUUAGCAAUAGUGAAGAAAUACACUCUGCAGCCAGCACCAUUGUGGAAGGAGCAGGCAAUAUCCUGGACUAUUCUUCCAAUAAAAAAAUCUCUGAUGCCCUUCUCCUUACUCUGAAAAAUACACAGAGUGCACUGUUAAGAUUUAAAGAUGUUAACGAGGGGCCAACUAUCAUCAAACAAGCUCAUAUUGGUGUGUUUGUUAAUAGAGUGACACCGGGAAGUUUGCACUCAAAUGCUAUAAAUAUUCCCAACAGCUCAUCCCCAACAUUUUCUCUCCCAACACUACCCCCGGAUAUACUUUCUUCAGAUGAACCAGUGGAUGUACGCAUGCUGAGUUUAGAUAAAAAUCCAUUUACUUGGAAAGAGAGGGGGAACAUCAGCGGCAUGGUGGGUUCUCUAGCCCUCACAACAACAGAUGGUUCCAGUAUCCUUGUGGAGAACUUGAGUGAGGAUAUUGAAAUUCUCUUGCCAAGGCCUGUUGGACAGCAGGUGAACACCUCUUUUUUGGAUCUGGGGAACUACAGCACAAUAGUCAUUGACCUUUCUUCAGUUGACAAUACGCUGGUGUUAAAGAUGGUGCCUUCAAAGGAUCCUUUACCCUUCAAACUGUUCCUUGGUUAUUUGGACUACCCCAAUGACACAAAUUAUGUAGCAAUGACAGAGAUGCCUCACCAGGGAACAACACAAGAGGAGAGAUACACUUGGCUACUAGAACCCAAGGAUUUGAAGGGAAACACGGGACUGCAUUAUCUUGUGGUGAGGCCCAUAGUUGGCCCGGGUAUAAAAUCCAUUGAUGCCACUUUAUCAGUUACCUCCAUCACUACCGCAUGUACAUUUUGGGAUGAAUCCAAAUUGGAUUGGAGCGAAUAUGGAUGCAGGGUUGGUGUUCAGACCACACAUCUAGUCACCCAAUGCCUCUGCAACCACCUCACCUUCUUUGGGAGCUCUUUCUUUGUCACUCCCAACCUUGUUGACCCAUCACGCACAGCAGAGCUGUUUGGGACUUUUGCUGAGAAUCCCGUGGUUGUCUGCUUUGUGGGCGCACUCUUUGUGGCCUAUCUCUUGGUGGUUUUGUGGGCACGACGAAAAGACAUUCAAGAUGUGGCCAAAGUUAAGGUGACUGUGCUGGAGGACAAUGAUCCCAUGGAUGACUAUCGCUACCUGUUGAGUGUCAGCACUGGGUAUCGGAGAGGAGCCUCCACUUCCUCUCAGGUGACAAUAACGUUGCUGGGUGCAGAGGGAAACAGCGAACCACACCACCUGACAGAUCCAAAGAAAUGUUUGUUUGAGAGAGGUGCAGUGGAUAUGUUCCUGCUAACAGCACCCUUCUCCCUGGGAGACCUGCAAGGCAUCAGACUGUGGCACAACAACUCAGGGAGCCAUCCAGCCUGGUAUGUAGGCAAUGUCAUGGUGCAGGAUUUACAGACGGAGCACAAAUGGCAUUUUCUCUGCAACUCCUGGCUGGCCAUCGAUGUGGGAGAUUGUUCCCUUGAUAAAGUUUUUCCUGUUUCGACAGAAACGGAUUUGAAGAGGUUCAGCAAUUUGUUCUUCAUGAAGACAACAAAAGAUUUCCGUGACGGACACCUCUGGUACUCUGUGAUCAGUCGGCCACCCAGCAGCACGUUCACUUGCGUUCAGAGAGUUUCCUGCUGCUUCUCCCUGCUGCUUUGUACCAUGCUGACCAGCAUCAUGUUUUAUGGCAUUCCAACAGAUCCCUCUGAGCAGACCAUGGACCUGGGUCACUUUGAGUUUACCUGGCAACAGUUCAUGGUUGGAGUUCAGAGCUCCCUCAUAAUGUUUCCGGUGAAUAUCCUCAUUGUUAGUAUCUUCAGAAACACCCGUCCCCGGGAGACUUCUUGUUGCAAGCGCAAAACAAAAAAAACAGACACUCUUGAACAGACUUCAUUCUCAGAGACCGCCACCACCAACGUGAAUGUUAAUGUCACUUUAGAAACUGUCAUCAAGGAUAUCACAAGAAUUACCCAUUCAUUGUCUAAGACCGUGAAAAGCAACAUACCAUGCACAGAGUCCGAAUUUGGGCCGGGACAACAAGUUGAUAUCAAUGCCGUCCUUUCUGUGGUGGACGACUUCAUCAAACAGAACAACAAAACCGGUGACAGCGGCCAGGUUAAAACUCAGAGCUUUCACAACCUCAUUCAGCCUCAGCUAUCAGAGGGCAGUGCCAGUGUGCAUCCUGGGUCAACAGUGGAGGGGAUUCAAAAGAAGAACAACAAAACACAGUAUCUAUACCGGCAGCUGUGUCACAUUGACAGAGAGCUGAGUCUGCUUGGACCCUCCGGCUUCCCCAACCCACACAGCUACAGCCAGGCUGUGCAGCAAGUCCAUGGCAUGAAGGGCAUUCUUGAAGAUCAACUCUUCAAAUUCAGCAGUGUCAACCUAAAUGAACUUACCCAGAAGAAAUUAAGCCCGGCAGACAGCACUGAUUGCGACGGUAGUCAGCCGAAAAGGAUGUGCUGCCAUGGAGGACUACCCUGGUGGUUUAUUUUAGUUGGCUGGCUGCUAGUGGUCGCAACCAGUGUUGUAGCGGGAUAUUUCACUAUGCUUUAUGGGUUGAAAUUUGGGAAAGAACGCUCCAUAAGCUGGUUGGUUUCCAUGAUUGUCUCCUUUUUUCAGAGUAUCCUCGUCAUUCAGCCACUGAAGGUGCUAUGUCUUGCAGUCUUCUUUGCACUCGUAAUAAAGAAAGUAGAUGAGGAAGAUUUUCAAAAUGUGGCGUUUGCUGGAAAUGACACGAAUCUAGGUGAUUGUAAGGGCCAACAAGCGGUCAGACAGAAUAACAGCCUCUAUGAGCCUCCUCCUCCUGCAGACAUAGAGAGGAUGAGAAGGAACAAGAUUUUGGAACAGAAAGCCUUUGCCCUCCUCAGGGAGAUUUUGACUUACAUGGGGUUUUUGUGGAUGUUGCUUUUGGUGGCGCACGGCCAGAGAGACCCCAAUGCUUUUUUCCUGAAACAGCACAUCCGAAAUAGCUUCAGUGGCGACAUCUCUGACAGUAUGAGUCUUGGAGAUGUGUUCACUUGGGCCAAAACAUCUCUACUUAGUAACCUUUUUGGAGUUUAUCCAGGAUUUAUCACAGAUGGAAACUCCAAGCUGGUGGGUAAUGCCCGUCUCCGUCAAUUGAGAGUGCAGAAGAACUCAUGUCAUAUUGCCGGGUCCAUGCUCCAGUUUGUACCAGACUGUCACGCUCCAUAUUCAUGGGAGGUGGAGGACAUGGGCUCCUACGACCCUGGCUGGAACCACUCUGUGAGGGAUAAUGACUCUACAAGCACCUCCAGCCCAUGGAAGUACCAGACACAGGCUGAGCUCAGGGAUCACCCUGUCUGGGGGGAAACGGUGCUCUACAGGGGAGGUGGCUUUGUAGCGGAGCUCGGCCCAGAUUUACAAAAUGCCAGCAGCACCCUUGAGUAUCUGUUCAGCAACAAAUGGCUGGAUAUGUACACCAGGGCGAUCAUUGUAGAGUUCACUGUUUAUAACGCUAACGUGAACCUCUUCUGCAUCGUCACACUCUUGUUGGAGACCACAGCCGUAGGAGCCUUUCAGUUCAACAGUGAGCUACAGAGCGUUCGGCUUUACAUUUCAACUGGAGGCCUUCACAUCUUUGUUAUGGCUGCUGAGAUCAUAUAUAUGCUCUUCAUCCUCUAUUACAUGUUCCUGCAGUACAAACUAAUGAAACAGCAGAAGUGGGCUUACUUCCGGAGCAAGUGGAACCUUCUUGAUCUGACCAUCAUCCUGUUGAGCUGGAGCGCUGUGGCUGUCUUCAUCCAGAGGACCCUGCUUGGGAACCGCGACAUGACCUACUACCAAAACCACAAAGACCAAUUUCCCAGUUUCUAUGAGACAGCCAUAGCGGACUCAACGCUCCAAUAUCUGAUUGCCUUCCUGGUCCUGCUUGCCACCGUCAAACUGUGGCACCUGCUCAGGUUGAACCCCAAGAUGAACAUGAUCACUGCUACACUGCAGCGGGCCUGGAGCAACAUAUCCAGUUUCCUUGUGAUCAUAGUGAUCAUGUUCAUAGCGUAUUCCAUUGCAAGCAACGUGAUUUAUGGCUGGAAGAUGUCCUCUUAUCGAACCUUAUCGGACGCUCUGGUGACCAUCAUCAGUUUGCAGAUAGGCAUCUUUAACUAUGAUGAGGUCUUGGACUGCACUCCCAUGCUUGGUGGAUUACUCUUUGGUUCCUGUAUUGUGUUCAUGACAUUGGUGGUGCUCAAUCUCCUUGUCUCAGUGAUCCUUGUGGCAUUCAGCGAGGAGCAAAUAUAUCACAAGCCCUCAGACGAGGAAGAGAUUGUCGACUUGAUGCUGAAGAAAAUCUGCAGUCUUUUUGGGAUCAGAUAUAAAAAUACAAAAGACACCCUGGGGCCCGAUGUGAACGGAGCCAGUGGCUUGACCCUUAAUAAUACCAGAAAUCUCAAAUUGAUGUAAACAGACAUCUGACAACUCAGUAAACCCCUAGGGACAUAGCUGUAUUUCUGAAUGUUUGUGAAUGUGUUUCAAUACUUGCUCGUUUAUCUAUGUUUGUUCACAUGAUCAUUUAUUCAUGUUCAUUAUUUGUUGUUUGUUCCCUAAGGUCAGAGCAUGCUGUGCUGCUCUGUGAAUGUGGUGUGAUAGAUAAUUAUUACACACACAAUUAUACUGCAAAUCAUUUGAAUAAGAUGUUUAUCUUUUUUUUUAAGCUUUUAUCUGUUUUAAAUUUGUUAUUUUUGGUCUUUUAUUGGCAUUAUAUCUGCUUUAUAUAGGAUUGUUGUAUGUCUGCACUACAUGAGACCUGCACUAUGAUUCUGCACUUGCAUCUCCAUCCGGGCUCAGUUUCGGCAGAUUAUGUAUUCAUGUUUUUUUUUAUAUUUAUAGGGGAGACUCACAUGGGUUUCUGGGUUUUAAGUUUUGUUCUGUAUAUAUUUUAAUCUGGAAACCACUUUGUGUGUAAGCUUGAAAAGUCCAAGUUCAAAGAGUAGAACUAUUAAGCCCCAAAAUACACUGAGCAGUAAUUGUUCUUUAAAUAAUAGCACUUAAAUACUAUUUUAAAUAAACAUUCUGAAUUUAAAGCCUGCUUCACCUUGUAAAAUAAAAGUGUAUUGUUUCACACCGUAAAUAUUAUAUACACAGUAGUAGUAUUUUUACUCCAUAGGAUUUCAGUCUCAAUAAUAAUACUUAUAAUAAUUUAAUACUAUGGCAAACAGUUUUUUGUUGUUGUCAGAAAUACAAUAGAAGAGGGAUCUGUACAGUGCAGUCAAACAAACUCACUUAAAAAUAAUUACAAUAUGCUACUCUGAUGUCAUAUAAAGAGAGUGAACUGUAAAUAAUGAGGCUGUUAACACUGGUUAAAAAUUGUGCUGGAUUACAUGCUGCCAUAUUUUCCUGUGAAUCAUUCUUUGCUUAAGUAGCACAGCUCACACAGGCAGUGUAGCUGCACAGGCUUUUAUAAAAUAAAUAUUUAAAAAAAAGUCAGAUAAAUAUAUAGAAUAUUGGUUUAACUGACAGCUGCCAGUUGCAGCAUGGUUCAUAUUGUCCAGAAACCAAUCCAUCUUUCCUAUACCUAUAUACCAUCUUAUAUUUAUAUUUCCAUAACCACGUCUUCUACAACUGUCUGUAAUAUCCACACAGCAUAGAUAGCUUUAUUAAGUGUGAAAUAUAUACAGUUCUAUAUGUGUAGGUGAAAAGAUUUUGUUUGACAAAACUUGUUUUGUUGAUACAAACCAUACAGUAUGUUUAAUGUAUGAGGCUAAACU